UCUGUCAGAUUUGCGCUUCUCCGUAGAACUGGGAGGUAGGACUGAGUUCGUACGUAGACGUAGGUAUCCUUAGUCUUCAUAUAUCCUGUUACCGCAUCCUUAAUCCUGACUUCUCUGUGGAGUUCUCCAUGCAACAUCGACAUCAGCAAUCUCGACACAUCCUCAAUCGCGUCUUGAUAAAUAAUGCACCGCCUCACUGCCUUGACACUGACCUUAUCCACCCUCGCCGCCAUCGCGGUGGCCCUGCCAACUCCACCCUCCUCUUCCUCACCCACACCAGCCCUGAUAAGCUUCACGGGGACCGGCCAGUUGCGCACUCGGUGGAACGAUGGCGAUUACGCUGACCUCGGCUGCCUGACCGAGACCGGGCUGUGGACGGCCGAUAACACGCUUUGUGGCACCUUCACGGCGACUACACUCGAUAGCAGCACUCUCCGCACCUUCACGCUGACCAGCGCUGCUGGACCGUGCAAGAUCUUGGGUGCGAGGUUUACUUGCCAGGAGGGAAACGAGGCGUAUGCCUUCGGCAUCUGGCCGUUCCCGAACUCGAUUCCGGGCGUGGAUUGUCUGCGAUGGGGCCAGUAUGGGCUCAUGGCUAGCUCCGCGAAGAACCCGCCUGGGCUGGAAGAUGCACCGGAGGAGAUCCACGGUGCUACGUACAGCGAGGUGGGAAAGUAUGUGUGGUUGACCUGGAGGUCGCUGGAGCUUUGAAGACUACGCUAUCGUCCAGAGGUGAACGGAAACCCUUGAACUCGAGGAAGUCAACCAGCUACGGCCGUACACUAGCAAACCACAAAUCACUGGAACCAGCCAGACCACAAAUCUAAAUCGG